AUGUCUCUGAGUGAGAUUCCAACACUUUCUGUUCUCUACAGAACCAAAGCUUUGAAAGCGGCUGCAUCCUCAGCUUACACCCCAAAUCACACCCUCAAUCAAAAGGUCUCCCACAUACGUUACGAUAUUACCAAACUCCAUGUCGACGCUAUCGUCAACGCUGCCAAUACAUCCUUACUUGGUGGCGGUGGAGUUGACGGAGCUAUUCACCGUGCAGCAGGCCAUGGCUUGUACAAAGAAUGCCGGAGAUUGGAUGGGUGUUCAACAGGCUCAGCCAAAAUCACUGGCGCCUACAACUUACCCUGCAAGAAAGUGAUACAUGCUGUGGGCCCUGUGUAUCAUGGUCAUGAAAAAUCAGAGCCAUUGCUGCGGAGCUGCUAUCGCACCUCGCUUGAUCUGGCAGUGAAGAAUGGUUGUAAAAGUAUCGCAUUUAGCGCCCUCUCAACUGGUGUCUACGGAUAUCCCAGCCCUGAUGCUGCAGAUACAGCCAUUUCGGAAGUCAGAUCGUUUUUGACAGGCCCAGAUGGUGAGAAUAUUGAAAGGGUAGUGUUUUGCUCCUUUGAAAUGAAAGACGUCAACGCAUACACUGAAACCCUUCCCAAAUACUUUCCGCCUACCAAGGAUGACCUACCUGACUCAGAGACAUCUCGUGAUGCGUCGUCGGAGGAAGAGAAAGGACAGACUACAAGUGAGUCGCUCGCAGCCUCUCUUCCGGAUGCUCCUACCACAGAACCAAAAUUGCUUGAGGAGCCCACGGCUAAGAAGCAAAAGGUCGUAACGAGUUCUGAAGAGGAAAGAAAGCACCAAACCGACAACGAGGAUGAGUUCGAGGGGCUCACAGAUGAUCAACCUUACAAUGAGAGACACGCCGCGACGCAAAGCCAAAACAUCGAAGAAGGAUGGGAGGAGGUCGGAAAGGACGAAGAUCCAGCCAAGUCCGAUCAUACUCCUACACCUGUUGAUGUUGAACCGGUACAAGUCGAAGGUACGAAAGAGAAGAUGGCAAAAGUGCUUGGGGCGGAUGGAGAGGUUGCCAGCCAAGCGAGCGGUGUCCCAAACAAGCUCACCAAAGACUGGUGA